GAGAGACAGUCGUAUACUCAUAAACGCAGGCCAUUGGCAACCACAACCAGCUGCAGCUUCUUUUUCUCUUUCUCGCAACUCGUAAGACGCACGCAUAAACUGUCCUCACAUUGAUUCCGUAUAUGUCUGUGCAGCUCAGCUUCCCUCGCCUCCACUCUCUUCCCGAACUCUUUGCCUAUGAGACUCCCCUUCAUCAAUUCUCACUCCCACUACACUUCUUCCCAUAGACUUUCAUCUCUCCCAUGCUCCUCCCCGCUCUUCAAACCCGCUUCCCGCCGUCCUCCCGGGGGGGUCCGCAUGGACUCAUCCGCUGCACCUUCUUCUUCUUCUUCUUCUUCUACUUCCGGGUAUCAUUAUCGCCGCCGCCAGAAAGACAAGAUCGUCGUCAUCAUGGGAGCCACUGGCUGUGGGAAAUCCAAGCUCUCCAUUGAUCUCGGCACAAGGUUUCAAUCUGAAAUCAUAAACUCUGAUAAAAUGCAAAUCUAUAAAGGACUAGAUAUAACCACCAAUAAAAUCCCGUUUCAAGAUCGUCUCGGCGUCCCCCACCAUUUGCUAGGCGUGUUUGACCCGGAAGACGGUGAGUUGGGUCCUUCUGAGUUCCGUUUAACGGCUGGAUUGGCCAUCUCGGAUAUUGUUUCGAGACAAAAACUGCCUCUGGUCGUAGGUGGCUCCAAUUCAUUCAUUCAUGCUUUGGUAGUUGACCGAUUUAAUCCCGAGUUAGAUGUUUUCAGCGGGGCAUCAGUGUCGACCCGGUUAAGGUACGAGUGUUGUUUCAUAUGGGUGGAUGUGUCACUGCCUCUGCUCUGCGAUUAUUUGUGCAAACGAGUGGACGAAAUGCUGGACUCGGGAAUGUUUGAGGAAUUAUCGGAGUACCGGCGAUGGAAAGACCCGAUGAGUCAACCGGGUUUACUGAAAGCAAUUGGAGUGCCAGAGUUUGACCGAUAUUUUAAAAAGUACCCACCAGGGACAGGAGAAGGGGAGUGGGAUGAGGGACGGAGAGGCGCAUACGAAGAGGCGGCGAGGGAGAUAAAGGAGAACACGUGUCAACUAGCGAAAAGACAGAUAGGGAAGAUAAAGAGAUUAAAAAGGGCAGGGUGGGACCUACAGAGAGUGGACGCGACGGAAGCGUUCAGAGAGGCGAUGAAGGUGAGAACGGCGUCGUCGGAUGUCAAGAAAAAGAAAAGAAAGAAGAAGAGGUGGAUGGAGGUUUGGGAGAGAGACGUGAUGACUCCAAGCAUGGGGAUUGUGAACCGCUUCUUGGAGGAGUAGGUUUUCCGUUCCAGCUAUCCUCUGUUUUUUUUUUAAUUCUUUUUUUUUUUAUAGAAAAAAAAAGACGACAAAAAAAUGUUUUGGAGAUGUCCAGUUUUGCAGCAUUAGGACACAUCUGCAGUCUAUAGGGUAGGAGGAUUUCAAUUCUCAAUUAAACCGGAUUUGUGAAUUUUAGAAGAGAGGUCCUUUGUGAAUGUUAAUUUGUUAAUACGUAAGAGAAAGAGAGUAUUUCAUCUUAAUGAAAUAUAUAUUCUUGAGGCAAAAAAAAAGUAGGAACUUUUCUUGUGCAGGCCCUUCUUUUGGUCAG